AUGGCAUCCAAGAAGAUUCUUGUUGUAUUUGGAGCUACCGGAAUUCAAGGUGGUUCCGUCGUGAAGGCCUUCCUCGGAGACUCGAAAUUGAAAGAGGCCUGGACUGUGAGAGGUGUCACUCGUGAUGUCUCAAAACCUUCUGCCAAAGCUUUGGAGGCACAGGGGGCUGAGACCAUUGCUGCCGAUCUGAAUAAUGAAAGCUCGGUGAAAGCAGCCAUCAAAGGUGCUUACGCUGUCUUCGCCGUCACCAAUUUCUGGGAGAGUAGAAGCGCAGAUGUUGAAAUGAAGCAAGGCAAGGCUAUGGCCGAUGCCGCAAAGGAAGCCAGAGUACAACACUUUGUCUGGAGUUCUCUCCUAAACAUUACUGAGCUCACCAAGGGUGUUCUCUCCCAUGUUACCCAUUUUGAUUCAAAGGCCGCGGUUGAAGCUUAUAUCCGCUCAAUUGAUCUCCCCGCAUCCUUCUUCAUGCCUGGAUUCUAUAUGUCCAACAUCCCUGGCGCAUCGAUGCGCCAAUUGCCUCCAGAUAACGGCUGGGCAUUGAACCUCCCAAUUCCUGGCAACACCCCAAUCCCACUGUUUGCCACUGCUGAUGAUACCGGCAAAUUCGUCAAAGGGAUAUUGCUUAACCGUGAGAAGGCCUUCGGCAAGAGGUUCUAUGCUGCCACGGAUUACGUUACCCCCGAUGAAAUCGUCCAGCAGUUCAAGGAGACUUUCCCAGAAUCUGGAAAGACCGCAAAGUUCAACGAGCUCCCACAUGCGGUUUUCAAGCGCAUUAUGGCCGAAGCAGGAGUUCCAGAGGCGAGUCAGGAGGAGUUGUUGCAAAACAUGAGACUGAUGAAUGAGUUUGGCUACUUUGGGAAGGCAGACUUGAAAGAGAGCCACGACAUCCUUGUUGACAAACUCACCACUUGGAAAGAGUUUAUGAAGGCAGCUAAGCCUUUUGCUGACCUGAAGUAG